CUAAACACCCCCGCCCUUUAUUUCAAAGUUUUCAACUCAUUUCUAACCUCAUUUUCACCUACACAUUUCACAGUUUAAUUGUCGCCGGCGAAAAGUGGCGGAUUCCAAAUUUAGACACCAUUUUUUCCGAUUUAAAAACUGAAAUAUAUUUCUGACUCUUUAAUAAGUACACGUUAUUUUUGGAUCCGUCACUUGUUCUAAGCGCCGGCGAAGUACAAAUGCAGGGUCGCCAACACCACCCCCACACCGCCACUCCUAUCGCCGACGUUAUCCUUCCUAAGCGAGGCAAAAAACGGGGUAGUUACAGCUGUGGUCGUUGUGGUGUCCCUAAAAAAGGCCACGUUUGCAGUUUUCCAAAGGACCUUAAUCCUAUUAGUAAUCCAAACCCUGAUCUCACCCCUAAUCCCAGUGAAAAUCCCAGUCCUAAUCCUGAAUCAUUCCGUUUGCCUUCUCCACUCUCAGUCGUCCGUCCUCAGUCGCCGCCACCUCCUCCGCCGCCGCAGCAACGUCUUAUACUCCCGCAACUCCGGCGAGCACUUUCAUUUGAUGACAUUGAUGUUACUGAUUCAUGUAAAUCUGAUGACGAGGAAGAGGAGCUUUUUUUCGAUCCGGAUAAUGAAUCGGAUCUAAUCGGGUCCGGAAAGUUGCCGGGGUGUUGUUUAUGGGAGGUGUUUAAGAGAUUGCCGCCUCCGGCGUUGCUGGCGGCGGCUAGGGUUUGUAAAGGGUGGAAGGAUAUUUCUAGAAGGGUCUGGAAGUCUGCGGAGGAACUUAGGCUUCGGGUUCCGGUGAAGGCCCAGAUUGGACUUGUCGGAUCGGUGUUGAAGAAGUGUCCUGGGCUUGUUAAGCUUUCUGUUACGAUGGAAAGUGAUGUUGAUGCUACUAUGUUGGCCUGCAUUGCAUUUUCCUGCCCGAAAUUGGAUUCGAUAGAGAUCUUCACAUCUGGUACCUCAGUCAAUCGGAUCACGGGGGAUGAGUUGGGUCGUUUUGUUGCUGACAAAAGAUGUCUUACUAAUCUCAAGAUGGAAGGCUGCUCUAAUCUUGGGGGUUUUACUCUUUGUUCAACCAGUCUCUCCACUCUUUGGCUUUCAGAUCUCUAUUGUCACUCUAAGAUGGUCUUUAACUGCCCCAACUUGAAGGAAAUUUCCCUGGAUUUUUCUCGGCAAGAAAAUGAUACCACUGAUUUAACUCUCAUGGUGGAGGGUCUUGGAAGGAGCUGUCCUAGACUCCAGAGCAUUCACAUUGCUUCCAUCCGGCUUACAAAUGCUGUCGUGCUUGCUUUAACAGCAGCAAAUUUAAGGGGGUUACAAAUGCUUUCUCUUGUACUGGGGUCAGAAAUAACUGAUGCAUCUGUUGCAGCUAUUGCUUCAAGCUACUCAAGCCUAGAGUUGCUUGAUUUAAGUGGGUCUAGCAUUAGUGAUAGUGGCAUUGGAAUGAUAUGCAAUGUAUUCCCAGAGACAUUGUCUAAACUUCUCAUUGCUGUUUGUCCAAAUAUCACUUCAAGUGGCAUUCAAUUUGCUGCAGCUCAGUUGCCUAAUCUAGAGCUAAUGGACUGUGGUAUGACCAUUUGUGAUCCGGAUCUAGACAGUACAACUCAGGAAAAUAACGAUCUCCAAUUACAUAGAACUCCAAACAGUAAAAUGCACCUAAUAUAUCAAAAACUGAUUAUUAAACAUACCCGCUUGAAGAAACUCAGCUUAUGGGGUUGCUCUGGAUUAGAUGCAUUAUAUCUGAAUUGUCCAGAGCUUAAAGAUUUGAACCUGAACUCUUGUAUAAAUCUGAAUCCAGAAAGAUUAUUACUCCAGUGCCCCAUUCUGGAAAGUGUUCAUGCAUUAGGUUGCCAGGACAUGUUGGUUGAAACCCUUCAGAAUCAGGUUUGCAGUGAUUUUGUAACUGCAGAAGAUCAUUUCCAUUGCAAACGUCUUCCUGAUGGCUCGAAAAGGGUCAGGGUUCCACAUUUAUUUAGUCCACAGCCAAUUGACGAGAAGACAAAAAGGGUUUCGAAGCGCCACCGCUGUACUGUGUUUGUAAGUUAGUCUACAGUGCCUGUUUUCUGCUGCCAUUGUUAGUUUAUAACAAUUUGUUGUAAGAAGAGAAACAGGAGAAAUUGCUCAUUGUAUUCCCUUUCUCAAUAAACAAGCAACUCUAUGGAACUUGUAGUAAAAAGACGUCACAUAUUGCGAAAACAAAAAAAACCAAAGUUAUCCCCCUCAAUAAAUCCAUUGUUUGCUAUCGUUUCGAUAUGGCAAAGGUA